AAAAAGUGACGAGCAUGUCACUAUGGAUCCAUCCGUCGAUUAGCCAAUGGAUAUUUGACAGGGAGUGCACCAUCUUUAGGCCAAGUGGGUCAAUACACUAUAGGAGACACCUCCUUUGGAAAUACCGGCUGUUGAGUGUGUAUUCGACUGAAAACAGGAUGCAUUGGUGACUUCGUUCAUUCCUCAUAGUUGAGGUGAACUAAGCUCUUGUAGGUUUAGCGAACUGUAUGGAUAGGCUUACCAGGUAGAUCUGUGAGACAACCUAGUGUUCAUAUAAUGAUUCUACAGCUAACCCAUACUGGUCGCCAGCAGUAUCAUCACCUUUAGUAUUUGUAUUCGUAUUAUAUGAGUACUAGUGCUGACAAUGAAGUCAGUCUUGGUAUCUUCGUUCGACGAACCUCCCAGGAUUGCCAAUGUCGUCGAACCUGGCCAGCCCCACGAUGCCUCAACGACACAAGUCCAUGUUCUCGCAAGCGGCGUUCACAACGUCGUCCGGUCUCGCGCGGCUGGCAGACACUAUAGCGCCACUGCUGCUCAUCUUCCUCUGAAUCCUGGCGUAGACGGCGUUGGACGAACCUCUGCCGGCAAGGUUGUGUACUUCUCGACCAUGCCCAACGGUUCGUUCUCAGAGAUUAUAAAUCUACCAACUCAUUCUCUGGUCGAGCUGAACCCAUCCGCUGAUCCGGUUCAUGUCGCUGCAUAUGUCAACCCUACCAUGAGCAGCUGGAUGGCCCUUCAGAGACGAACAGUCAAUCUUCCGGAGAAAUUUAAAGUGCUCAUCAUGGGCGUGACCAGUGCGAGUGGCCGGAUCGCCGUAGAUGUUUCUCGAAGGCUUGGUGCAGGCAAUGUCAUAGGAGUUGCACGUAAUGCAAGUGCAAUGCAAGGACUCGGCCUCGACGAUACGAUCGUGUUGAAGGAAAACAUUGACGAGAUCGAUUUCUCCCCUGCUAAUGGAGCAGAUGUAGUGCUCGACUACCUCUACGGCAAGCCGACUCAGCAUUUGUUUAGGACCUUGCAAUCAGACAAGGAGAUACAGUGGGUGCAUAUUGGCUCUUUGGCCGGAAAGGCACUGGAGGUGCCGGCGUCCGAGUUGCGAUCUAAGAAUCUGACACUGAGAGGCGCCGGGCGUGGGUCGUGGUCGAUAGCGGAAAUGAAAAAGGAGCUGCCCGAUAUCGUGAAGUUUGUGGCGGAGGAUCUUGGGAAGCGGGAUAUCAGGGUUGAGAAAUUUGAUGAUGUUUCUGUCAUUUGGAACCAGGCUGUGACAGAGCGCUUGGUUCUAGUACCAUGAAUCAUUGUAGAUAGUGCGUUUACAUGGAAUUCCAUAAACGUUGGAACGCCAUAUGCUUGAGCAACAGUUACAAGAGAAUGUUUCAUAUAAUAGUGUGCCGUAUAUCGUGUGUGAGUCAAUCGAUAAUCAUUCGAAG